AUGGGAACACACUCAGAAGGUUCUUUCAAGAACGCAGAACUAUCGGUUAAAAUCACUAGUGUUGAUUUAGAUUUAAUAAAAAGGAUGCAUAUCACAUUUAUUGUUGUUUCUUGUGGCAAUGAAAUAGAAAUUGAAAGGCAUCGAUGUUUUACAUAUGAAACUGCUACAUAUUUUGUAUCGAAAUAUGCUAUCGAUAAUAUGCCUCCUACACUAUAUAAAUACUUUAUUCAUGGUCCGGAGAUAAUAUCGCACGCUAUGUUACCAAUUGGGCAAUUAAUGGAGGAAGCGCAAGAAGCACCUUGGGAUAUUCUGUCAAAUCGGUAUGACAACAAACGACUCUUGGUGACAGCAUUACUAAAUAAAUUGUUAUCACAACCAAAUAUAACAAUUGAAUCAACAAGCAGUCUUAAGGGCAUACAUGGUGUUACAAAAGAAUGUUAUUAUGGAUUAGCAGCUCAAGGUAUUGAUGUUAAAUCUUGGGACGCCAUAAUGGUUCACGUAAUUAUUAGAAAGCUAGACAAAGCUUCACAUACAGCAUUCGAGCAAUCGUUAGAAGACAGUCGAAGAAUAAUUUCAUUAAAAGAAUUAUUGCGGUUCCUAGAAGGAAGAUUUCAGGCAUUCGAAUCGAUGACGAAUGGAAACCACAAACAAAGUCACAAACCACGACAUCCAGCAGUUGCACUUGCAGCUACAGACUCAGGAUCAAAAUGUAUUACUUGCAAUAGUAGUCAUCAAUUAUUUUCAUGCGAAACUUUCAAACGUAAAUCCAUACAACAGAAGUACGAUUUACUAAAACGUCAUAAAUUGUGCACAAACUGCAUGAAACCUGGUCAUAUGGCAUUACAAUGCUCCAGCAGGGGUUGUACUAUAUGCCAAAGAAGACAUAAUACACUGUUGCAUCAAAAUAGACACCCAGUUCAACUAUCAAAUCAUACGUCAGUUGAAAACACUUCAAGGCCACUUGCACAAACAACUCUAAUGUCGUCCAUCAAUCAUGGUCAGACCAGUUGCGUUCUUUUGGGAACAGCAAAACUUUUAGCCUCCAACUCUAAUGGAAGAACAGUCGAGUGCAGAGCAGUAUUGGAUUCAAGUUCACAAAUAAAUAUUGUGACUGAACGAUUGGCAUCCAGAUUAGGGCUGCAAGUAAGCUCCAGUUCGAUUUGCAUCGAAGGCAUAGGGAUAGGUAAAUUGAGUUCUAAAAGUCGUACAACACUUUCUGUGCAAUCAAAAGUGACCGAUUACAAAACAAUACUUGAAGCAAUUGUGUUGCCAAAAAUUGUGUCCAAUCAACCAUCGCAACACUUACAAAUUUCAAAUUGGAAUCUGCCCAAUAACAUCCAAUUAGAAGAUCCCACAUUCCAUAAGUCUGACAAAAUUGAUAUGUUGCUUGGAGCAGAAUUUUAUCAUCAACUCCUAAGUCCUGGUCAAAUACAACUUUCAAGGGAACUACCAAUUCUACAGAACACUGUGCUCGGAUGGAUCGUAUCUGGAAAAAUCCAAAAUGCUAACACAAUGAUUGCAACAUGUGGAAUAGCAUCAGAAGAUAGUUUAGAAAAUGCAAUAGAACAAUUCUGGAAGGUUGAAGAAGUUGAUACUCACUCAAAGGUCUUGUCAAUAGCAGAGCAACAAUGUGAAGCUCAAUUCACUCAAACUACAUAUCAGAAUGUUACGGGACGAUUCAUCGUACGUCUUCCUUUUAUAAAUGACAGAUUCGCUUUGGAAGAUUCGAAAGACAUUGCUACAAAUAGAUUUCUAGCACUAGAGCAUAGACUUUCAAAGGAUAGUCACCUCAAACGACAAUACGUAGAGUUUUUAGAUGAAUAUGAAAAAUUGGGACAUAUGACCGAAAUAGAUAUUGAAAGGAUUAUGUCACCACAUUACUUUAUACCACAUCAUUGUGUGCUUAAACCCGACAGUACCACCACUAAGUUACGUGUGGUAUUUAAUGCAUCAUCCAAAACAACAUCAGGGCAAUCUCUCAAUGAUUUACUACACAUCGGACCAACUGUUCAAAGUGAAUUACUGUCUAUUUUAUUACGAUUCCGUCUUCCUCGUUAUGUGUUUCCAACAGACAUUGAAAAGAUGUACCGACAAAUACUUGUACAUCCAGAAGACAGACAAUGUCAGCUUAUCGUUUGGAGAAAUGAACCAAGUCAACCUAUAAAGUACUUUGAACUCAACACAGUAACAUAUGGUACUAGAUCAGCACCGUAUCUAGCAACCAAAUGUUUGCAAGUUUUAGCUGAUGACAAUAUGCAAAAUUAUCCAUUAGGUGCAUCUGCUCUCAAACAAAACCUCUAUGUAGAUGACUGUUUACAAGGGGCAGAUAGUCUGAGAACAUUGUUGGAAACUCAGAGUGAAUUAAACAAAAUACUGACAGCAAGCGGUUUUAAAUUGCGAAAAUGGUGCGCAAAUCAUCCAAGUCUACUACAAGGAAUUCCACACGAUGACUUAGAAGUCAAUUUAGAUUUAGAAAAUAAUAACGAUACAACAAAAACUCUUGGGUUAUCCUGGUGUCCAAAAUCUGAUAGUUUAUGCGUCAAGGUUAAAUUGGAACCUGUUUGCAGCACGACGAAGCGCAGUGCAACUUCAGAUUUAGCAAGGCUAUUUGAUCCACUAGGACUUUUGUCACCAGUUGUGGUGAUGGCAAAGAUCUUUAUUCAAGAAUUAUGGAAUUUAAAGAUGGAUUGGGAUGAAAAACUGACGACUGAAUUACAUAAACAGUGGUUACAGUUCCGGAACAAUUUGACAAAAGUAAAUUGUCUGCAGAUAUCUCGUCAUAUUUUCAAAGGCGAAGUUCCUGCCAACAUUCAAUUACACAUCUUUACAGAUGCAUCAGAAAAGGCAUAUGGUGCCGCAGCGUAUUUGCGAUCAACACUUCAGAAUGGUCAAAUUAUUGUACGACUUUUGUGCGCCAAAUCUCGGGUUGCACCUUUGAAAAGGUUGACAUUACCUCGUCUCGAACCUCGUCAGUUGCGCCACGUCAGUUCGGAACACAAUCCAGCUGACAUUUUAUCAAGAGGCCUUGCACCCCAUAAACUACAGUCAUCAAGUAUGUGGUUUUAUGGACCUAUGUUCCUGCAUGGUCGGGAAGAACUAUGGCCUUCAAAACCAUCAUCAGCGUUAAAAUCCGAAACCCUCAUUGAUCCUGAACGGAAGAAGGAAACUCAAGUAUCUACAUUGUCUGCUGUUGAAGGCACAGCCAAUCCUGGAGAGUUCAUAUACUCAAUACGACACAACAACUCAUUUGGAAGACUUCAACGGAUAUUAUCGUAUAUAUUAAGAUUCGUAAAAAGAACCAGAAGAAAACAAAAUGAUCAUUCAAGCAAUUUUUUGACUCCAGAUGAUCUAGAUGCAGCACAUCAGGUCAUCAUCAUAAGUAUUCAAUAUGCAGAAUUUAAAAUUGAAAUCAAAAUUAUGAAAUCUGAUGGAAGAAUAAAUAAGUCCAGUGCAUUGGCAUCACUGGCACCUUUUAUUGAUAAUACGGGCAUCAUAAGAGUUGGUGGACGUUUGGAUGCAGCCUCAUUAUCGUAUGACACAAAACAUCCUAUGUUGUUGCCUUAUAACGACCCCAUUGUCAAAUUAAUAAUGGAACAAGUCCAUAAGAAAUACAUACACUGUGGUCCGCAGUCUCUCCUAGCUAACAUGCGUCAACGAUACUGGCCAAUUAAAGGCAAAUUGAUGGCAAGGUCAGUAGUACAACAUUGUGUACGUUGUACUAAAGUAAGACCACGAUUUUAUAAACAACUGAUGGGUAAUUUGCCAGUGACAAGAGUACAACCUGGGCGACCAUUCCUCACCACUGGAGUGGACUUUUGCGGACCUUGGAUACAUUACAGAAUCCGAGGCAAGAAACCACACAAGGCAUACAUUGCUGUGUACUGUUGUUUUACAACUAAGACAGUUCAUCUCGAAGUAGUCAGCGAUUUAACCACAGAUGCUUUCAUCGGAUCACUGAAACGUUUUAUUGCUCGAAGAGGACAUAGCAAGAAUUUGUUUUGUGACAAUGCCACAAAUUUCGUGGGAGCAAGGAAUCAAUUACUUGAACAUGCAGACUCAAUUCAAGCAAACAAGGCACAAGAGAAGAUAAUUAACGAAUGUAAUGAAAGAGGAAUAACAUUUAAAUUUAUACCUCCUCGUGCACCACACUUCGGUGGACUGUGGAAAGCACCAGUCAAAUCAGCAAAACACUUAUUCAUACGAAGUACUAAGACGGUUUCACUAACAUAUGAGGAACUAGAGACUGUGGUAUUAGAAGUUGAAGCAAUACUGAACUCUCGACCAUUGACACCUAUGUCGAGUAAUCCGAAUGACUUGUCAGCACUAACACCUGGUCAUUUUUUAAUCGGAGAACCACUCACAGCAAUGGCAGAUGCAAAGGCCCAAUCAGGAAAUAUAAAUCUGGUGACAAGGUGGAAAUUAGUUUCUCGUCUCAAAUUGGACUUUUGGGAACGUUGGAAAACCGAGUACCUCACUGAACUACAAUGUCGACACAAAUGA